ACUUGCAUGGACAGCCUUUACAUUUUUUGAUAAGCAGAAAAUGAACAAGAAGAUAAUAAUUCUGUAAAGUCUGUGGUUCAUGAUGGGGGCAGACACUGAACCUGGGGCCUCAUGCAUGCUAGACAGGCACUCUACCAACUGAAUAGCAUCCCCCAACCCCCAGAUUCACAUCUCAGCAAUUUAUGAGCAUAGUCUCCUCAUGAUAAAUAAAUAAAUAGCUGGGCGUGAUAGCGCACGCUUUUAGUCCCAACACUCAGGAGGCAGAGGAUCGCUGAUCUACGUGAGUUUGAGGCCAGCCUGGUCUACAAAGCAAGUUCCAGGACAGCCAGAGCUGUUACACAGAGAAAUUCUGUCUCAGAAAAACAAAAACAAACAAACAAACAAAAAACCCAGAUAGGCAUGGUAGUACUCUGGAGGCAGAGGCAGGAAGAUGGUAGCACUCUGGAGGCAGAGGCAGGAAGAUCUCUGCAAGUUCUAGGCCAGCCUGGUCUACAUACUGAAUAACAGGCCAGCUAGGGCUGUAGUAAGACUCUGCCUCAAAAAAUAAUUAAUUAAUUAAAUGAAGAAGAAAAAGAAAGAAAAGAAAUAACAGUAGGUGCUGGUGAGGGUGUAGACAAAAGUGAGUGCUUGUACAUUGUUGGUGGGAAUAUAAAUUAGUCUGGUCACUAUGGAAGUCAGGAUAGAGGUUCCUCAAAAAUAAAUAAAAAAUGAGCCAGGCAUGGUGGCACAGGCCUUUAAUCCCAGCACUUGGAGGCAGAGACAGGCAGAUCUCUGUGAGUUUGAGGCCAGUGUGCUCUACAGAGUGAGUUUCAGACCACCCAGGGCUACACAGAGAAACCCUUUCUCAAAAAACAAACCAACAAACAAACCAACCAAUAGCAAGGACAACAAAAGCCCCACAACUAUAGUAACUACACCUCCCAUACCCAGACACACCACUUGUAGGACUCAGAGUGAACAGGCCAGGGAGACACUCUGCAGCACUGUUUCCAGGAGCGGAGUUAGGGAGCCAGGAUAGAUGUUGGUCAGCAGAAGAGUGGGCAGAGAAGAUGGAGAAGAUGGAGUUUCUAGACAUGAGGUGAUUUUUUUAGCCAUAAAGAACAACAAAGUUAUAUCAGUUGCAAGAGGAAAAUAGAUCCAAUUGGAGAAAAUCAUAUCAAGCAAAUUAAGUUAGUGUCUCAGGAAGACAAGUAUUGCCUGUUUUUCUCAUUCGUGGUUCCUAGAUUUAUAUAGAUCCCUUCAGUUAUAUAUGUAUAUAUGACCCGGAAAUAGAGAAGAACUGUCUGGGGAACUAAUGUGGUGGGGUAGAGAGCAGGGUGGGUGUGGAGGUGUGGGGGAUUGCAGAUGAGUACAGUAUUUGUUUGUGGAGAUACCCUCCCACAGCACAGUACCACCCACAAACUAACAACAGAAAGAGCCUUGGUGACUCCUUCCCCUGGGAACAAGGGAAGAUCAAAGGGUGUGUGUGCAUCCAUUAGUAUGGACUCCAAAGAAAGCUUCCACACAGUUCUUUUGUCCUUCCUUCCACCUGACUCCUUUACUUCCCUUCCCUACCCCAAAAUAUCCCACGUGUUGUCCCUUGGAGGAUGGUCUAGAGGGGUGUUCUUUGGAAUCACAGAUUUUUUUUUCUUUCUUGUUUUUAUCUUUUCAAGACAGCAUUUCUCUGUGUGUAGCCUUAGCUGUCCUGGAUCUUGCUCUGUAGACCAGGCUGGCCUUGAACUCACAGAGAUCCACCUACCUCCGCCUCCAAGUACUGGGACUAAAGGCAUGUGCCACCAACUGCCCAGUGGAAUCCCAGAUUUUUGGUUCUGUUUUGUAGUUAUUUUGUUUAGGUUUGGUUUUGAGACAGAAUCUUAUUGUGUAGCCUUGAAUGCACUGUGUAGACCAGGCUGUCCUGGAACUCAGAGAGAUUCACCUGCCUCUACCUCCUGAAUGCUGGGAUUAAAGGAGUGUGCUACCAUUCAUGGCUGGAACCUCAGUUCUACAGUACAGUAUCUAGAUUAUGUAUAAGGAUUCUGGGACCAAAAAAGUUCAGAACAUGUUAAAGGUAAGCUGUUUCACCGGGGGUGGGGAGUGGUGGGUGGCACAAGCCUUUAAUUCCAGCACUUGAGAGGCAGAGGCAGGUGGAUCUCUGUGAGUUUGAGACCAGCUUGGUCUACAGAGCAAGUUUCAGAACAGCCUAGGCUACACCGAGAAACCCUAUCUUGAAAAAAAAAAAAAUCAAAAAACAACAACAAAAAAAGCUAUUUCCUUUUCUCCUCUUUUUCCUCUUCUUCCCCUGUCUACCCACUUCUUCUUUCUUCUUCUGCUGACAGGGCCUCAUGCACCCCAUAAAUAGCUGAACUGAUUGUACAACCAAGAAUCACCUUGAACUCCUGAUCCUUCUGCCUCCACACUCCAAGUGCUAGGAUUUCAGGCAUGCAUCAUCAUACCCCCCUUUUUAUUUUGUAAGGUUUUGGGGGGGACUUUUGAUACCAACUUUAAAUUCUGGCCCUCUAGGAGGGACUAGGGUGGGCCUGUUUCUGAAGCAUUUUAGACAUAGAAUUUCCUUGCAAACAUUUUUCAGGGCCAAUGAAAUGGCUCAGCAUGGAAAGGUGCUUGCUGCCAAGCCUGUUAACUUGAGUUCAGUCUAAAUCUGGAAAUCACAUGAUGGUAGACUUUUGACAUAACAUAAGUGCAUGUCCAUGUGCUCAUAUACACAUAUACACAUGCACAAUAGGUGAAUGUAAUAAUAAUAACAAAAAUAAUAAAAAAAUUUUCCUGAUAACCAUGCUCUAUAGAACACAUUAUAGGAAGCUGUGUUUUAAAAGCACUUAAAGAGGGCUGGAGAGAUAGCUCAGCAGUUAAGAUCACUGACUGUUCUUCCAGAGGACCCAGGUUCAAUUCCCAGCACCCACAUAGCAGCUCACAACUGUCUGUAACUCCAAGAUGUGACACCCUCUUCCAGACGUGCAGGUAAAACAUCAAUGCACAUAAAAUCAAUAAAUUAAAAAAAAACAUUUAGGGAGGCACUUUUGCUGUGGUGGAGGAUGUUGGUGGGGCAGGGGAUACUCAGCCAGGGAGCCAUGAGCCUGUAUAAAACUGCACAAAUGCUGAGUGGUUCCUUGAAUGCCUGAAUGCGUCCAUCCAGGUUGUGAACAGCUGCUGCUCUGGGCCUCCUUUUGUACUGCCUGGCCCUCUCACUCAGCACAUCCAGACCUUCCUGAGGGCUGGUGCCAGUUCAGCCUGGCUCCAGACUGUGACCUCUGCUUUUCCUGGUUGUUGUCUUGGGGCACAUGUUGCUAACAUUUUGAAUACUGUGCUGGGUCAAGGGAGGAAACAGGGAAAGGUAGUCAAAGCUAUUCUUCGAUUCUCAUGGUCUUCCACUGUUGGCUCGUGGGAGAGCAGCUUACCACUCAGCCUUCCAGCUGAUGCCUAGCUCUGCCAUGCUGCUAGUUGUGGGAAUUUUCACUGGGUCCUGGGCCUUUUUCUGGGUAACAUCUUUCAUGGCUCAGUAAACUUAUUUCAGAGGAGAAAGCAGAAGUGUACUAAUAUGCUGUUAGGUUUAACUUCUCAGAGUAACUAGACAACAUGCUGAACUUUCCACAUGGGAGAAGUUGGUAGAACAGAACUCAGGCGGCUGACAGGAAGACAGACAUCCCUAGUUUCUUUUGGAGACUCAGAGAAUGAAGUCUCUGGAACAUUGGGUCAUUUGGCUGGGUGUGACACCCCCCUCAUAGCCCCAAAUAGGGUGGUUUCUUGAAAGGGCUCUUCUGUAGCAAUGGCUAGCCUCAUGCCCUUGCACUGGUUUUGGUAGGUGUUCUGGAUGUUGGAUCAUCUGGGCCAUGGUGUCAUCGGAGACCUUUCAGGGGUCUUGGCUGGUCAAACCUGAUGUAUCUUAAUCUGGAACAAAUCCAUAGCCUCUGGCUUUCUGUGGAAAUAAAAGCAGAGCCUCCUUUCCAAAGCAACAUAUCCUUACAUCCAAAUUUUGAAGUCAAGUAUUGAGCAAGUGAACAAUCUGCGAGAGAUACAAGCACUGAGGCGCCUGAAUCCACACCCAAACAUUCUCACCUUGCAUGAAGUGGUUUUUGACAGAAAAUCUGGUUCUCUUGCACUAAUAUGUGAACUUAUGGACAUGAAUAUUUAUGAGCUAAUACGAGGAAGAAGACAUCCAUUAUCGGAGAAAAAGAUCAUGCAUUACAUGUACCAGUUAUGCAGAUCACUGGACCACAUGCACAGAAACGGGAUAUUUCACAGAGAUGUAAAACCAGAAAACAUACUAGUAAAGCAGGAUGUCCUGAAACUAGGGGACUUUGGGUCAUGCCGGAGUGUCUAUUCCACGCAGCCCUACACAGAGUACAUCUCUACCCGGUGGUACCGGGCCCCAGAGUGUCUUCUCACCGAUGGGUUCUACACAUACAAGAUGGACCUGUGGAGCGCUGGCUGUGUGUUCUACGAGAUUGCCAGCCUGCAGCCCCUCUUCCCUGGUGUGAAUGAACUGGACCAGAUCUCAAAAAUCCAUGACAUCAUUGGCACACCUUGUCAGAAGACCCUCACCAAGUUCAAACAGUCGAGAGCUAUGAGUUUUGAUUUUCCUUUUAAAAAGGGAUCAGGAAUACCUCUACUGACAACCAAUUUGUCCCCGCAAUGCCUCUCCCUCCUGCAUGCAAUGGUGGCCUAUGACCCUGAUGAACGAAUCGCGGCUCACCAGGCCCUUCAGCACCCCUAUUUCCAGGUGCAGAGGGCAGCUGAGACACAGACCCUGGCCAAACACAGAAGAGCUUUCUUCCCCAAGUUCCCCAUGGUGCCAGAGUCAUCCAGGAAUAACUGGUCAUUCUCAAAGGAGGGCAGAAAGCAGCAGCCCCUGAGGCAAGAGGAGGGCCAUGCCAGAAGACAAGGGCCAGCCAGCUUGAUGGAGCUGCCCAAACUGAGGCUGUCCGGAGUAACCAGACUGUCGUCAUGUUCCAGCCCUGCACUGCGGUCAGUGCUGGGCCCUGGAGCGAACGGAAGAGUCCCUGUGUUGAGACCCUUGAAGUGUGCUGGUGUGAACAAGAAGACAGACACGCAGAAAGCCAUCAAACCUCACCUGAAACAGUGUCACCUGCCCACGAUCAACAGGAAAGGGGGCGAAUACUGAACAGCAUGCCCCCUGGUCACCCUCUUAGAGAGCAAGGGCAGGCACCAUGGGCAGGCUUAGGCCUCUGCAGCUGAGAAUGGAUGGGCCAGAGGAUGCCCUGUGUGCUGGUGGUCCUCAUGAUGCUUGGUGGCCCAGGACAUGCUGCCUAGCAGCCCGUCUGUAUCCACGACCUGAAGCCUCGUGUUUGUAACCCCAAAGCAGCUGUACCAAAUGUUCCAGUUUAAUAUAUUUGUAAAACCACCUCA